AUGUCGAGUCUCGAGGAUAUCAAGAACGAGACGGUUGAUCUGGUGCUUAGAGAUGGGAAAUGGAGUGAGCAGGAAGCUGCUAUUCUAGUCCCAGGAGAUAUCGUUAGCAUUAAGCUUGGAGACAUUAUCCCUGCCGAUGCUCGUCUUCUUGAAGGUGAUCCUUUAAAGGUUGACCAGUCUGCUCUUACCGGAGAGUCCCUGCCCGUGACCAAGCACCCUGGACAAGAAGUCUUCUCUGGCUCAACCUGCAAACAAGGAGAGAUCGAGGCGGUUGUUAUCGCCACUGGUAUCCUCGAACUUGCCAAAGCCAACAAUGACCUUAGCAAGAGAGUUCUCUCCAUUAUCGAAAAGUAUGCCGAGCGUGGUCUCAGGUCGUUGGCUGUUGCUCGCCAGGUGGUGCCAGAGAAAACAAAGGAAAGCCCAGGAGGACCAUGGGAGUUUGUUGGCUUGUUGCCACUCUUUGAUCCCCCGAGACACGACAGUGCUGAAACCAUUCGAAGGGCUUUGGACCUCGGUGUGAAUGUCAAGAUGAUCACUGGUGACCAACUUGCUAUUGGUAAGGAAACUGGUCGCAGGCUUGGAAUGGGAACAAACAUGUAUCCAUCUUCAGCUCUUCUUGGUACUAACAAGGACCCAAACCUUGCUGGCAUUCCUGUUGAGGAGCUGAUCGAAAAGGCUGAUGGGUUCGCCGGAGUCUUCCCAGAGCACAAGUACGAGAUCGUGAAGAAGCUUCAGGAGCUGAAGCACAUUGUUGGAAUGACUGGUGAUGGUGUCAACGACGCUCCUGCUUUGAAGAAAGCUGAUAUUGGUAUCGCCGUGGAUGAUGCUACGGAUGCUGCUCGUGGUGCUUCGGACAUCGUUCUCACUGAGCCUGGACUCAGCGUUAUCAUCAGUGCGGUUCUCACCAGCAGAGCUAUCUUCCAGAGGAUGAAGAACUACACCAUUUACGCUGUCUCAAUCACAAUCCGUAUCGUGUUUGGUUUCAUGCUCAUUGCUCUGAUUUGGGAGUUCGACUUCUCAGCAUUCAUGGUCCUGAUCAUCGCCAUUCUUAACGACGGUACCAUCAUGACAAUCUCAAAGGACAGAGUCAAGCCGUCUCUCACACCUGAUAGCUGGAAACUCAGGGAAAUUUUUGCUACUGGAGUUGUUCUUGGAGGCUACCAAGCCAUCAUGACUGUUAUUUUCUUCUGGGCGGUACACAAGACCGACUUUUUCACGGACAAGUUUGGUGUGAGGUCCAUUAGGGACAACACCGACGAGCUAAUGAGUGCGGUGUAUCUUCAAGUUAGUAUCAUUAGUCAAGCUCUGAUCUUCGUCACGAGAUCAAGGAGCUGGUCAUUCGUUGAACGUCCUGGAGCGUUACUGAUGAUUGCUUUCCUCAUUGCACAACUGGUUGCUACUUUGAUUGCGGUUUACGCUGACUGGGAGUUCGCAAAGGUUAAGGGAAUCGGAUGGGGAUGGGCUGGAGUGAUCUGGCUGUACAGUAUUGUGACAUACUUCCCACAGGACGUUUUCAAGUUUGCCAUUAGAUACAUCUUGAGUGGAAAGGCAUGGAACAACUUGAUUGAGAACAAGACGGCUUUCACGAACAAGAAAGAUUACGGAAGAGAAGAGAGAGAGGCUCAAUGGGCAACUGCUCAGAGGACACUUCACGGUUUGCAGCCAAAAGAAGCUGUUAACAUCUUCCCUGAGAAAGGAAGUUACAGAGAGCUUUCUGAGAUCGCUGAGCAAGCCAAGAGAAGAGCUGAGAUCGCUAGGCUUAGGGAGCUGCACACACUCAAGGGACAUGUGGAGUCAGUGGUGAAGCUAAAGGGUUUGGACAUUGAGACUCCAAGUCACUACACUGUCUAG